UACUUUUGUAAUGGCAUGUCAAAUUCACUCGUCAGUUUAGGCUAAUCUCUCAAUAUAAGCUUUUCUUUUUUCUUAAAUCAGCAUUAGUUCCACUGGCUUGUCCCAAAGUCUCCCACAGCAGAUAUAACAGUGCAGAUCUCAAUAAUGAAACUGGUAUUUCAGCAACAGACUUUGACUGCAAGCAUGGCUGGUGUAAUGAAGACAUUUUGCCACAUAGCUGCUUUCAGCUGGUAUGCCUUUAUAAUUCAGUGUAUUUAUGCGAAGGAUGUUUCAGAUCUGCCUUCUGGGAUUUUUGUUUACGGCGGACCCUGGAAAUACCUCACGUUUUUAAACCUAGUCUUACAGAUGGUGUUUUUUGGACUGGCGUCUGUGAAUGACCUUCAGCCUGUGGGGAAAGGCUCAAAGAUGUCUCUUCUCUGCCUCUGCAAGGACUUGCUCUUUUCGGUCUUUGUGUUUCCAGUGGGAAUGUUUGUAGUUCUGCUGUUUUGGCUGAUUUUCGCAUAUGACCGACAGCUGGUCUAUCCUGCUUCAAUAGACAACUUCUUCCCUCCAUGGCUGAAUCAUGCUAUGCACACAGUUGUUCUGCCAAUCUUGUUUGGUGAGAUCCUGCUGGAGCCUCAUGUCUUCCCCAAAACUAAAAAUGGUUUAGCGGCUUUAGGAGUGGUUGGUCUCGCUUAUUUAGGAUGGGUGAUCUGGGUGUAUUGUACUGUGGGAAUCUGGGUUUAUCCUUUACUGGGGCUCUUCAGCCACUCAGGAUUGGCCAUCUUCUUCUUCCUUAACAUGCUUGUUGUAUCACUGCUGUUUUUAUUGGGAAAAGCCUUGAACUAUAAGGUUUGGGGGAAAAAACAUCUGAAAUUUACAAGCUCACGAUGAGUCAGACGGAAGUGCUUUAGACAACAAACUUGACAUCUGUUUUACUGUAAGUGUCUUCAGGUGAAUGUCUGAUGUGAAUAUCUGAUGUGAACCAGUUUCAGGUGAUCUGAAAAAUGCAUUUUAAACACUGUAAAAAAUGCUGGGUCACACACAAUCGAUAUGUGUUGGGACAACAGGAAUA